GACCGCAGCUCCCCUCGCCUGUGCCUCCCGAGGAGGGGUCGAGCGGGUCCUCCGGGGCGCCCUGCGCGAGCCUGGGGUCUGGCGGGCAGAGGCGCAGUCUCGGACCCGCGUCCCCGGGAGGACCCCAGCGCCUUCCCCUCCGCUUCGCGCGGCGCCCUGCGCCCACCCCGGCUCCAGGGCUGUCACUUCCGCGCGCCGCCGGGUAGCGGACCGGGCCGUCGUCGAGGAUGCCCGGGUGUUGGCUGCGUCCCCAAGCUGCUGAUCGGCUUUGCCCCGGGAGGCAGUCGGGAUAGCGCCGCCCGAACUUUCCUUCGCGGCGGCGUCAGGCGGAAACACCCCGCUCCGAGGUUCAUGGAGAGCGGAGGGAGGCUCGGGCGCCAGAGGGGACAGGCCUAGGCCUGCGCGGGAGAGCGCCGCGGAGUUCCUGGGGGCUCUGGAGGCUCCAUAAGGGCAGGACUGGUGGCCGGCGUGCGCCCAGGAGGAGUCAGGCCCAGAGCGCGCUGCCCCUUCCCGGCGCCCCGCAGUGACCGUGACCUCGGCGCGCUCCCCGCGCACGUGCUCGCGGCCGAGGACGAGGAGGGGUCCGGCUACACCCGCCGGGCAGCGACUCGCCCGCAAGCCCUGGGAGCACAGAGGCCGUGCGGGGGAGCGCGCACGCUGCGCCCCCGCCUCCCCGAAGAUCGGACUGGCCGCUGCUGGCGCAGAGCCGCCGGGUGUCGUGCCCGCCCGGUGGCGCCGCUGGACCCCGUGCGGGGCGGACUCGCGGGAGGACAGGUGUAGCCUGCAUACGCUGGCGGCGCGCGCGGAAGAACUGGGUGGGCUCGGCGGUCCGGCGGGGGCUCGCAGGGCUCGGAGCUCCGGUCCCUGCCACGCAGGCGGGUCGGCGCCACUUGGCGCCGCCAGCCUCAGGGAAGGAAGUCGCGGCGUAUCUCGGUCCCCCAGCGGCCGUCCGGGCGCGACCCUGGCGCCCACUGCCCGCAGCGGCUCCCGCAACGGCCCCGGGACCUAGAGGUGCGGCCCCGGGACCUAGAGGUGCGCGCGGCCGCCGGUGCCGCCCCCAUGCUACUCGGAGCGCCCAGGCUGUGCGCGUCCAGGGCGGCCGCCGCUGCGCAGAGCGAGGGCGACGGCGACAGGCUGGGCAGGGACAUGGACGAGUCGUCGCUGCUGGACCUGCUGGAGUGCUCCGUGUGUCUGGAGCGCCUGGACACGACGGCCAAGGUGCUGCCCUGCCAGCACACCUUCUGCCGCCGCUGCCUGGAAAGCAUCGUGUGCUCGCGGCACGAGCUGCGCUGCCCGGAGUGCCGCAUCCUGGUGGGCUGCGGCGUGGACGAGCUGCCCGCCAACAUCCUGCUGGUGCGCCUGCUGGACGGCAUCCGCCAGCGUCCCCGCGCCGGCGCCAGCCCGGGCGGCAGCCCGCCCGCGCGUCCUGGUCCUAGCCCGGGCCCGGGCCUCGGCUCCAGCCCGGAGGCGGCCUCGGCGCACGGGGAUUGCGGGGGCAGCGCCCCUGGCUCUCCAGUCCUCCUCUCUGCGGCGACCAGCGCCACCGCCAGCCUGCGCGAGCUGGCGACUGGCAGGAACGCGCCCCUGGCGAAGAGCCUUCCCCAGCCGCCCUCCGGCAAAGUCCCGCACAGUCACGAGGGGAAGGAGCCCGGGGACCUCAGGUUCAGCAAGGGGGACGUCAUUGUCCUGCGGCACCGGGUGGAUGAGCACUGGUACCAUGGCUUCCUGCCCACCAGCUACGUCCCAGGCCUGCGGCCCCUGCCCCAGGCCCCACCCCAGGGCAAAGCGCUCUAUGAUUUCGAGAUGAAAGACAGAGACCAGGACAAGGACUGUCUGACCUUCAGCAAGGAUGAAGUCCUGACUGUGAUCAGAAGAGUGGAUGACAACUGGGCGGAGGGGAUGCUGGGGGACAAGAUUGGGAUCUUCCCCCUGCUGUACGUGGAGCUCAACGAUGCUGCCAAGCAGCUGAUGGAGAUGGACAAGCCGGGCCUGGCCGUGGCGUCCGGCUGCCUCACCUCCUUGCCCUCUGACCCCAGCACAGCCAUCAGAGCCACCCCGGGUCCCACUUCAGGCAGCACAGGGGCGGUGAGCGCCUUCCAGAGGCGUGUGGACAGCAAGAAGAAUGCCAAAAAGCGGCACUCCUUCACGGCACUCAGCAUGACGCACAAGUCUGCGCAGGCUGCCAGCCACAGGCGCUCCAUGGAGAUCAGUGCGCCCGUGUUGAUCAGCUCCAGUGACCCCCGAGCCGCGGCCAGGAUCGGGGACCUGUCGCACCUGUCCUGCAGUGCUCCUGCCCAGGACUCCUCCUCGGCCGGACCUGCCCCAGCGGCUGAACAGCAGGGCAUGGCUCCCAAAGUCCAGCUGCCCCUCAAUGUAUACCUGGCGCUCUACGCCUACAAGCCCCAGAAGAGCGACGAGCUGGAGCUGCGCAAGGGCGACGCCUACCGCGUCCUGGAGAAGUGCCGCGACGGCUGGUUCAAGGGCACCGCCCUGAGGACCGGGCUGUCGGGCGUGUUCCCCGGGAACUACGUGACCCCCGCGUCCAGGGUUCCCAUAGGAGGGGCUGGGCUACCCCGGAAUAAUGUGGUCGGAGGGUCUCCACUGGCCAAAGGGAUGGCCACAACCCUCCACCCAUGCGGUGGGAGUCUGAGCAGCCCGGCCACAGUCCAACACCAGGUCCAGCACCAAGAAGCCUCUCCCCCGAUGGGCAGUUGUCUGCGGCACUCAGCCCAGCCGGCAGCCAGCCAAGCCCGGAGCGCCGCCCCCACCGCUGCCCACCCAGCCCAGACUCAGGACCGGCCGACCGCCACCGUGUCACCCUUGCGUACCCAGAGCUCCCCGUCCCGCCUGCCCACCACCGGCCUCAGGCCCCCUUCCAUGGGAUCCCCGCAGCACAGCCACCAGCCCGUGAUGCAGAUGGCCAUCGGGGCCCCGGGCCCCCGGACUGCCGUCCAGCUCACAUCAGCAGCCUCGGCCAUCACUCCCCCCAACGUCAGCGCCGCCAACCUCAGCGGGGAGGUUGGAGGGGGCCCCAUCAGUGGCCCGUCCACACCCAGCCCCACCAGCACGGGAGGCAGACCAGACGAGAGGAGGAACGAGAAGAAGGACAAGAAGAGCGGGCUGCGGAAGCUGCUGGCGGGGGCGUCCACCAGGAGGAAGUCCCGCUCCCCACCGUCCACCUCCCCGACCCACGACCCCCAGCUGCCAGCGGACGCCGUGCUCCAGGGCGCAGUGGGACCCGACGUGUGCUCACGGUCUCUCCAUGGCCGAGCAGGCUCCUGCCCUGUAGAGGCCGAGAUGCAGGGGGCCCUGGGGGCGGAGCCACUGCACAGAAAGGCGGGCUCCUUGGAUCUGAGCUUCACGUCCCCCUCCCGGCAGACGCCCCUCUCCAUGGCCGUCCGCCCCGAGCCCAGGCCGCUGCCCAGAGAGAGGUACCGCGUGGUGGUCUCGUACCCGCCCCAGAGCGAGGCAGAGAUCGAACUGAAAGAAGGGGACGUGGUUUUCGUGCACAAGAAGCGAGAGGACGGCUGGUACAAGGGGACCCUGCAGAGGAACGGCCGCACCGGCCUCUUCCCCGGCAGCUUCGUGGAGAGCUUCUGAGCUCACGCCUAGCGGGGACCCUGCCUCUGCGUCACUUUAGGGUGGCCUUGAGGGAGCAGAUGCCAGGGCUCGUUUGGUCUACAAGGCGGGGCUGGGUGGGGCAUUGGGGCCCAGCGAGCUCUGGGUGUCACCUGGGUCCCGUUGCUGCUCGCGCCGUCUAUACCUCAGUCACCUGCCACCCAAGGUCUUCACCGGCCGGUCCCGCGGGGCCAGGUGUGAGCAGUGUUUCCUGCCUUGCCACCGCUGUCCCCUCUUUCUUGUGCUUCUUUUACGUCUUUUUACUGCAAAACUGUUAGACUUCACAAAUUUCUAACAGGACGUACACUGCCUAUUUUUCUUACAUCUGGUGCUGCCUUUUUGUAAAACCUGUGAGGUCUUGGUUGAACUUGAAAGAAAAAAUGUCUGGGUAGACAUCAGAUGGGCAGGAUUUUACAGGCACCACGGGAACCAGGAGGGCUAGGUCCUCACGGCCACGGUGCCCUGUGGGGCAGAGGGGCACUGGGUGUGGAGGGAGUUUGGGAAAGCCGGUCUCUGGAAAGCUCCGCCAGAGCACCUGCCCCGUCUGGACAGGGACGGUCAGUGCUGAAGAACUGGACGUUUUGACGAGCGCUCACCGUGAGUGCCUGUGGGGGGGCGGGGGGGGGGCAGUGAAAAGAACAGGAGGUCGACCCCAGGCCCGGAGGCGGAGCUCCUCAUGGAGGGACCACAUUCUGCCUCCUUGACUCAGGACUUCUCACUAUCGAAACGCACGGGUUUUACCACAGUUCAGAGUUACCACCUUGUGAAGGUUUUGCCAUUUUUCCUUAAAAUAAAUAACUGCUCUGCCAUCAGGUAGUGCAGACCUCGGUCUAGAGACAUGGGGAUAAUCAGGGCUUUGAGGGGUCGUGCAGACCUGCAGGGUCCGGGGAGCAAGGAAAGGAGGGGGCAGCUCUGAUCCUGGGACCUUCCCCAUCGGGGGUCCCCCUUGGGAACACGUUCUUAUCAGCCCGGAGUCACAGCUCCUAAAUUCUCUUUACGAAGCCACUCAGGUGUAAAUCAGGCUGAAAACAGUAGCUUUCGGUGGGAUCACUGCGCCGACAGCUGGACUCCCACUCCGUGGCUUGCGUGCUGCCUCAUAGGAAGGUCUGUCUUCCAAGUUCCCGCGUUCGGAUGUGGCAGCCAGGUGGCCUCCACGCUGGCGGGUCACCCCUUGGGAAAGCCUCUCUUCCUCUCUCCAGAGAAUAAGAGAUUUAAUAGAGUUGAGAAAUUUGUUCUGAAUCAAAGGGGGAAAAUCUCCAGUUUCUACAUGGAGCUGUGUGCCGAGUUUAUGAGAACCAGCCCAUUUGCACAAAAACUGUGUGCAUGUCUAAAAUUACGUCAUCAAAAGUCAUUUGUGGAUUCACACUGCUGAGACACGUGUUCUCCAGUGAAACCAGGGCUGAGUCAGUCCCCAGAUAAUAGGAACAUCUUUUUUUCAAACGAAGGCAGUUACCAAGCAACAGAACAGACUGAUUGGGCCCUCAUUGUGAUGCUGAGAGGCCCGUGGAGGAGGCGCUUGGGGCCUAGCCCCCCCCCCACUCCCCCCGCCCCCGCAGGAGCACACGGGACCGGCACCGGGGCCGCCUUAGGAAGGAAAGUGACUCCAGGGCCGAGGCCCCCUCGCAGGCCGGGCUCCGGGGAACAGGUCACGCACGACCAGCCCCCGUGCUCUGGGCUGUUUUCAGACCCUCAGUGGUCCCAUCAGGCCCCCACAACCACGUAACCACAGACAGCAGGAGCAGAAUAACCUUCCAUCAGGCCAUCUUGCCUGGAAGGACACUCUUGUUCUGGCUGCUGAAGUGAACCAACCCUUUGCCCGGUUCCUCAUGCACCUUGGUCCUUACAUGGCAUUUGGGGCCAAGGCGACAUGCUUUGAGGAGCAGGGUAGAGUCCACAAACCACGCAGUGACGUCAGAGGACACCAGGCCACAACAGGGUCACGGGCUCGGAGUCGGGUGGGAGCAGGCAAGCGCUUCCCCGCAGCCUCACGGGUCAAGUCGGGCUCUGGCUGGGAAGUUCUUUGUACUUUGUGCAGUCCACACACACACCCUUGCUUCUGUUAUGCACAAAUGUCAGUGUGUGAUUUUGAGGAAUGGACAGUGAUGACAAACCAUGAUGCCUGUAUUUCCAAGUCUUUAAAUAAAGCUGAACAAGGAGAGAGGUCUGGUGUCUGGACGAGGGUAGCAGUGAGGUGGGGCAGGGCUGGGCAGGCGCCUCCCAUGUCCCCGCGGCCAGCCGGUGGGCCACAGCCCAGUGCCUCCAAAAGCUUCUGUGUGGG